AUGGACUAUACCAGGUCCACUCUCCAGAACCAAGAGCCUAAUCUAUCGCAACGAGCACCGCUGCAUUUGAACCUGCAACAUCUUCAACGGCUAUCCCAUCCAUCGAUCCAAAGCCAUCCUAUCGAUUCUCCCAACAACCCCUCGACUCCUACGCUCGAGCUUUUAUCCAUCUCAGAGUCCCCGCUGACUGCGCUUCAAGGACCCCUCCCGAGUCUUCCUCUUCACGUCAGCCCCUCUGUCACCGCAGCCGGACACGCAUCGCUGCAACAGCCUUCGCACCAGCAAACUCAUCUUCCAACUCCCGACCAGGCUCCUGUGAACUCUAUUCUCUGGCCUGUUCAACCCUCCAACCCUCAACCCUUCCAUCUCAACAGCACGCCUACGCCCAUCAUGGAGAGCGCAUCAUGGACAGGAAACAACACACAGGCGCACCAAACCGUCGGCCCAAUUCCCAUGGGAUUUGAAUGGUCCAGAGAUCAGAACAUCCAUUCAUCCGACGCUUCCUCAAGACAGAUUGGCUUCCAACAUGCGUUCCACGCUCCCUCGAGCCAGGGUAAUAACGGAAACUCCAACGGAAACCAACAUCAACCUCCAUCAGCAUCCUUGACUGGCAUGUCAGGUCCGUCUGCCCUCUCACACGGUCAUCUAGCUGGCGAGGUAGGCUUGAGCAACAACCCGAUCCCCUCUGGAUUACCCACCCCAACGCAUCAAGGCGGCGACCAUUUGGCAUCUUCGAUCGCCACUGGAGCUCUUCAGCAACAAGGAGAUCUUCAGAUUCGAACAAGUCCAACUACGACUUCGCGCGAGGAUCUUCAUCACAACCCUCAUUCGCACCAUAGCCAACAGCAACAGCAACAACAACAGCAGCAGCAGGCAUCGCAACAACAACAGCAAAUUCAUGUUCACCACACUCACUCGUCCUACAAUCACGGCCAAAUUCCAACAAACGAUCUUGUAUCCCAUGAGCAGCAACAGCAGUCGUUUCAGACGUCCAACUAUGCGCCGGGUCACUACUACCCAGACCCAGAGCAGCACGACCCUUAUGAUCAUGACCGGAUUCACACUGGCGGACUUGUAGGACAUGCUUAUGGGCAUUCUCACGACAAUCUCGCUGCGCUCACACCACCACCUUCUGCUCCCAUUCCCCAGCACGAUCUUCCUCCUCUCCGCACCAGGCUUACAAACACCAUCUGGGAAGACGAGCAUACUUUCUGUUACCAGGUCGAUGUCAAAGGCGUCUGCGUCGCCCGCCGUGCUGACAACCAUAUGGUCAAUGGCACCAAACUGCUUAAUGUCGUUGGCAUGUCUCGCGGAAAGCGCGACGGUAUUCUGAAGAACGAAAAAGGACGUGUCGUCGUCAAGGUCGGAGCAAUGCACUUGAAGGGUGUUUGGAUUCCCCUGGACAGAGCGAUGCACCACGCAAAGGCACAUAAUAUUGAGGAGGGCCUAUACCCACUUCUCGCGGAAGACCCCGCUGCAUUCUUAUACCAACACCCACACACUGCAGCGGUUUCUUCAGACAUGAGAUGGACUCCUCAGUCGCAACAACAGCACGGUUCAUACCACGACCCCGAGUCUCCAAAAGCACGCCACUCUAACCACCACUUUAAUCAAGGAAUUCACGGGGACUACUACUCGCACCAGCACCAUUCCGUUUUCAGAGGCCAUGGUGUCAACAGCGUGCAUGGCUCGCCUCAUGGGAGCAAUGGUUCCGUCUCAGGAGAUGAAGACCCCAACCUGGUAUCGCCAUUCGAAUAUCGGGUACAAUCAUCCAUGGCUGCAGGUGGACUCAUCGGCAUCCCUUCCACAGGUGCAUCUGUCAACGAUGUUCGGACAGGAAACCAUCAUGCGGCAUACUACAGCCACCAAGUGAGCCCAAACCAGUACUAUGGUGGUGCACAUGUCCAGCAAAAGUACCAGGACCCUAUCUUGCAUCCAGGUCAGCAUCAACUCCAGCUUGGGGGUCCCCUUGCCAACGAAUCCUCCCCACCUCUUUUGACCCCUACCCUUGAUGGAUCACAAACGCGGUUGCAGCCUGGUCUCUUGUCAGGACAGAAACGCGGAUAUGGCGCAAACGUGCAGGAUGGCUACUAUUACCAAGGAGCCCCAAAGUCUCAUGGAGUUUCGGACAUGUACCAGGCUGAUGCAGGCCAGUUCGGUAUUCCAUCGUCAGGAAUGAACUCUGGAAACUUUUCGCCGCCCCUGUCGAUGACACCUUCGGAGCCACACUCGCCCAUGUCUCAGCAUACGGAUUCCCAGCUGCAAGGAGUGCAGGGUAUGGCUCGCCAUGGACAUGGAUCCGUCGGUCAGCCACUGAACCCACCUAGUAAAAGACCACGUCAAGUCUCCCGUGGCCUCUCCAACACUGCUGAUCCUUCCAACAAUGGUGCAGGUGGACAAUGGUACGGGCGCGAGGAGACCUUUGAUCGUGCCGGCGGUCAAACCAUGACGGGUUCCCAUCAUUCCAUGUCCUCGAACGACAAUCAGGGAGUCGGGUCGGUCGGAUACGGCAUGGCGAAUGAAAACAACGGUGGCAUUUACUACGACAACAUGGCUCUGACGCAGCAACAGCAAGCUUCCAAGGCGUUUAGUGGGUCGAGAGAAGGAGACAACGGACAGGCUGGGCGUCCUCGGUUUAUGCCUGGUGCUGUUCAGACACAGCUUCCUUAUGGAACAGCCGGGCCAUCAUCACCACAGCGAUCCCGGAGCAGACUGUCGUCGUUUCAGGAUGGCUCGUCGGCAGGAGGACCGAUGUCACAGCAGCAGGGGAACAUAUCACCCUUUGGUCGCAUGCAGAAUUCGAUGAGCCCUGACGAUACGAAACAGAUUGGCUAUGGACGCCCUCCUACGGGGCCAGAAGGAGAGUCGAACCCUCAGUUGGUCAAGGUCGAGGGCGUGUCGACAGCCUUUGGCCAUGAUCCCUCCAACUGGUCGUAA